CUCUCUCUCACCAGAACACAAUUUACUCUCAGAGUCCUCCUCCUCUCUCACUAUUUACUCACACACAUCUCUCUCUGUCUCUCUACAUUCUUAUGAGUUUCGCUAGAUAGAGGGAGCGAUAAUAGUUUUUUUUUCUGGCAAAUAGAUAAACAGGUGGAGACGUUGGCUGAUCGUUUGUAUAAUCAAACUACUCGCAUUUGCAGGAAGAAAGACUAAUCGAUGUUGAAGAAAUUGUUAGUUCACGUGCUUUUAUUCUUCUUCUUAACCGCCUCCGUCGCCGGCAGCUUGUCGAUAUGCAACUGCGACGACGAAGACAGUUUCUUCACCUUCGAGUCAAUCCUCCAAUCCCAAAAAGCCGGCGACUUCCUAAUCGCAGUCGCGUACUUCUCCAUCCCAAUCGAGCUCCUCUACUUCGUCAGCCGCACCAACGUGCCUUCCCCUUACAACUGGGUCGUCUGCGAGUUCAUUGCCUUCAUCGUCCUCUGCGGCAUGACCCAUCUCCUCGCGGGCUUCACAUACGGGCCUCACUGGGCCUGGGUCACGACAGCUGUCACCGUCUUCAAAAUGCUGACUGGGAUCGUCUCAUUCCUCACGGCCAUCUCGCUCGUCACUCUCUUGCCUUUGCUUUUAAAAGCAAAGGUUCGAGAGUUUAUGCUUAGUAAGAAGACGAGAGAGCUUGGCCGCGAGGUUGGGAUUAUAAUGAAGCAGACGGAGACAAGUUUGCAUGUACGUAUGCUCACCAGCAAGAUAAGGACGUCGUUGGAUAGGCACACGAUACUGUACACCACGCUUGUGGAGUUGUCGAAGACUUUGGGGUUAAAGAACUGCGCGGUUUGGAUACCUAAUGAGAUUAAAACGGAGAUGAAUCUUACUCACGAGUUGAGACCGGGGCACCACGAUGACAAUGCCGGUGGCGGCGGUGGUGGUUAUGGUGGGGGGUUUUCGAUACCGAUCACUGAGUCUGAUGUUGUGAGGAUUAAGAGAAGUGAAGAGGUGAAUAUGUUAAAUCCUGGCUCUGCGCUUGCCUCGGUCACUAGCCGAGGCAAGCCAGGCAGCCAGACGGUUGGGAUCAGAGUCCCCAUGCUUCGUGUUUGUAACUUUAAAGGCGGGACGCCCGAGGCGAUCCACAUGUGUUACGCCAUCUUGGUUUGUGUGCUUCCGUCGCGGAGCUGGACUUACCAAGAGCUGGAGAUCGUUAAGGUCGUGGCUGAUCAAGUCGCGGUAGCCAUCUCUCACGCUGUGAUUCUAGAAGAAUCACAGCUAAUGAGAGAGAAGCUCGCGGAACAGAACCGUGCGCUUCAGGUGGCGAGGGAGAACGCGCUGAGAGCUAACCAGGCCAAAGCUGCGUUCGAGGAGAUGAUGGGGGAUGCGAUGAGGCGUCCUGUACGGUCCAUCCUCGGCUUGUUGCCUAUGAUAACUCGAGACGGGGGAUUACAAGAGAACCAAAAGGUUAUCGUCGACGCGAUGGGUAGAACCAGCGAGCUAUUGCUGCACCUCGUGAGCAAUGCUGGGGAUAUAACACGUCCUGGUGAGACGCAUUGUUUCAGUUUGCGUUCUGUUGCGAAGGAAACGGCUUGCUUGGCGAGGUGUUUAUGCGUGGGGAACGGGUUUGGUUUCUCGACGGAAGUUGAUAGAGCAUUGCCUGAUUACGUCGUGGGCGAUGCUAGAAAGGUGUUUCAAGUGGUCUUGCAUAUGCUAGGAGGUUUAGUGAACCGGAAGAUCAGAGGUAAUGUGACUUUCUUGGUUUCACCGGAAAGCUCAAAAGUAGAUAGCCAAGAAGCGGUGUGGCGACAAUGCUAUUCGAAAGAAUACAUCAAAGUUAAAUUCGGAUUCGAGGUAGAGACUAGUAGCGUCCCGAGCUUCAACAGCAGUGAAGAUAUUGUAAAGUUAAUGCAAGGAAACAUUAGGGUGGUGGAGGAUGGUUCAGGUUUGGUGAAAAGCCUCUCUGUUGUUUUCCGGUUCCAGCUCCGGGGAUCUAUGCUGUCACAAGGCGGUGGAUAUUCUGGAGAAACUUUUAAAACAGCAACUCCUCUAUCUACUAGUAACGAUCAUUGGCGUCAGGAAGAGAUCAGAUAAGGGCUUGAAUCUGAAAAUUUGUAUUUUUAAAAAAUGGUAGGGGUUUAAGUAAAGACGGUUGUAUAAACCUGAAAAUGAACUAGGUUUAUGAACCUAUCAUGUAGACGUGUUACAUCUUACUGUUAGAUAACAGAAUGAUGUAAACAGAAAAAAGAUAACAGAAUCUAAAAAGUUAUGUCGGAGGAUGUUU